AAUUUAUGACCAAAUAAUUUAUUCUGGAUUUUCUUGAUCUUCAGUUUCGAGUAAUGAAGAGCGAGUUGUGAAGAAAAUAUGGUUUCAAUCUCUCAGACUCUGAAGUUGUCUCUCAUUCAUCAGUUUAUUUUAACUCUGAGUCUCGAUUUGAUUUAUGGCUCUCCAGUGUAUAAAACUCAAAAAUCAAUUCAAUGGAUUCCGACUGAUGUUGAUUUUGUGGUCCCUGUGGGCACUUAUGUCAAAUUCAUGUGCCGGACCUUAUCAACUACCGACACAAUACUCACCAAAAUUUGGCUUAAAAAUGAGACCCAAAUUAACAUUGAUAAUAAAUACUGGUUUAACUCAAAUACAUUGACUAUUUAUGACCUCAAUUUCAACGAUUCUGGCAUUUAUUCUUGCAUUACUUUGGCCGGAAAUAAUAAUGACUCUAUUCGUGUCAAUUACACAUUAGAUGUGAUUGAAUUGCCACCAAAAGUAUACCCAACAAAGCCAUCCAAAGCGGAUGAUACCAAACGCGUUGAUCGCUUGAAAAAAUUGAGCAAAACUAAAGAAUUACAAGACAAUGAAUCGAUACCCCGUUUUACGAAUUGGGAGCGAAUGUCUCGACAGCUCUAUCACAUCCCAUCGGGAGAGAGUCAUAAAUUAUUGUGUCCAUCGAGUGGUGUUCCCACUCCGACAAUAAAGUGGUUCAAAAAUGGCAUUUUAUUGAACGGAACGUAUAGAGAGAAUGGAGAAUCUAUGUCAAUGAAGAAGUGGAGUCUUUCGAUGAGUAAUAUGGCGCCCGCGGACUCCGGUAAUUAUACGUGUGUCGUGUCCAACAAGAAUGGCGACAUUAACCACACAUAUAUUGUUUAUGUGAAUGCGCACAGACCUGUGUUUGAAACACACGAAUAUCCAUUGAAUCAGACUUUAAUUUUGGGUGAAAAGGCAAUAUUCGACUGUAUUUUUAAGUCAGAUCUUGAAUCAGUAGUCGAUUGGUAUAAAAUGAUAACUGAUUACAACAGAACUAUUAUCACAUUGAUUCCGCAUAAUGACUUGAAAUACGAGGGAACCCAUUAUCAGCGACUCGUCAUAAAUAACUUGACUUUUGAAGACACGGCUAACUAUUCGUGUAGUGUUGAGAACUUCUACGGGACAUCACAUAAGAAUUUCUCACUCAAAGUUGUUUCGGACGACCCCAUUGUUGAAUACAUGCCUCCAAUGAAAAGUCAUUUAUUAAUCAUUGUAUCAGUUGUGAUGAUGUUUGCCAUAAUUAUGUUCACAAUUGCCAUUUACCUCAAAUAUCGAGGCCCUAAGAAUGUGACAGUUAUGGCACAAACCAGUUAUAUCAUCAAAAAGAAGAUAAUUCUCGAAAAACCCGAUUCAGAUAAAUCGAGUGACUUUAUCACCCCACUGGUCAAAAUUGACUACCAGGCCGUCGAAGUGGACUCAAACACCUGUCAAAUGAAUGGUAUGACUUCGCAGUACGAGUUGCCUCUCGAUCCGGACUGGGAAGUGUCCAGAGAUGGGUAUGAAUACUUGGACCUCAAUAUACCGAUCAUUGAAACGCCGCCAUCGAGUGAGGACGAGGAGGAAGAGGACGAAGAGAUGGUCGAAGAAAACAUGAAUAGCGAUGAUCUUGAAAAACACCAACAAAUGGUGUUUCAAAGAAAUAUCGAGAAUAAGUGCUAUGACUUAACAGAACUCGAAAUCCGCACCAAAUAUCUGAGCGAAACGUUGAAUCUCUAUCAUAUAAACAGAGAAGAUUUUGUGUGAAUAACCCAAUCAUUUGUUUGUUUUAUAAAUUUUUUAUAAUUUAAAUACAGCUGAAACCCCAAAGAAUUUGUAAAUUUAUUAAAUGUUAAAUAGAAUAUUGAUUUGAAUUUUAACGCUUUUAUAAGAUGUACCUGU